AUGGGAGUGUUAUUGAUGUUGCAAUUGAAGGUUGAUGCUUCAUUUUUCUUUUUAACAGGUAUAACAAUGUCCUGUGUUGAUACACAUGCAAAGAAGAGUAACGAUACCAUAGAUUCUUCAGAGGAAUCGUCAUCUCAGACUAUUGAAAUCUACAAACAAGCUUUGACGUUUAAUGUUAUUGCUAAAUAUGACCCAUCAAUUUCUCAAUUACUUCAUAUAUCUUCCUACUGUGUGAUAUACCAAUAUGAUGAGGACAUAGAGGAUUGGACCAAGAGCUCAUACAUGGGGCCUAUCGCUGUGUAUUCACGCAGAAGUAUUUGGGAUAACUAUCGAGAUGAUGAUAUUAAAAAGUUGGACGUCCAGACUAUAGUUAAUUCAGAGCACGGUGAAUACUAUAGAUUCGGCCUGCUAGUUUUGAAUCGGGCACAACCAGAAAACUUUAGCUUAGGAUUUCUAGGUGAUAAAUAUUUAAAACAGUCAGAAAUUGAAUCUGACCAGAAUUUGUUGGUAGAAAAAAGUGACGAGUUGAUUAUUGUGAGAGAUUUCAAUGGUAAAGCCUUUGGAUUAUGGAUUUUUGACCCAAAGGAUCGAGAUUAUUUGUAUCAAUUACUGAUGUAUUGUAUCGAGAAGCUUGAGUAG